AUGGCGAAACAGCAUCCAAAAGAUUACCCUGGAUUGAAAGCAAGAUUUUUCCAUAGUGCUGCAACAGUAGGUGAUUCACUAUUUGUGUGGGCUGGUGGUCAAGCUGGUUUGCCUAAUGUACAUGACAGUACAGAGAAGAGAAAAUUUACUAAUACUAUACAACACUUUACUGCCUCAUCUGGUCAAUGGUUUGCUAGAGAAACUACUGGAGUACCUCCAUUAGGAGUCACUGCUUAUUCGUGUACUGCAAUAAACGACCAUUUGUAUUAUUUUGGAGGCUAUUGCAAUCAUGACAACUGCUUUCACAACAGCAUUACAAGACUAGAUGCUAUUAGUCUUCAAUGGAGUGAGAUAGAACCAACUGAUUCAACCAAGCCAGUUAUGAGGAGAGGUUGUGGGGGGAUGUUAUCGUUUGAACAUGAUGGAUCUAAGCUACAUGGUGGAAGAUGGCGUACUAAUGAACACUCAAUGUAUAAUUUAUCAUCAGGAAAAUGGGACAAUGUAUUAAUCAUUGGUGAAUGUAUACCACCUGCUGAUGGCUUUAUUAUUGAAAAAAUUAGCAACACAAGAGCUGUUCUGUUUGGAGGAAUUGUACAAGAUGAAGCUACUGCCAGUAAUAAUAUAUAUAUACUAAAUUUAAACCUAUCAUUGAGCACUGUGUCUUGGCAGUGUAUAAAGAAACCUGAAGUAAUCGACCAGUGGCCUGUUGGUAGAUAUAAUCAUGCAGCAGCUAUUAUUCUAAAAAAAUCAGGCUGUCCUCUUCUGGUGAUAUGUGGUGGGAUGAAUAAUGAUGAUGAUACAUUAGAUGACUGCUGGAUCUUUGAUACUACUCAACACACAUGGACAACCUGGACAAAAGUAUGA